AAAACAUUGUUAAUUAAUUAAAAAGAAAAAAAGAGAAAGAUUUUUAAUUUCUUUGCAAAUAAUAGAUUCAAUCAAUAAUAAAGAUACUAACUUACUUACUUACAUUUGCCAUUUUAAAAUGAUCAAAAAAAUUAUACAAACAAGAGGACUAUACAAUUUGUUGAAAGCUCCAUUUUCUUAAGAACCUUUGCUAAGUUCAGGUAAUUACAACACAGCAGAUAAGCGCUCAAUUUAUUUAGAUUUUCAAGCAACAACUCCAUUGGAUUUCAGAGUUCUUGAUAAAAUGAUGCCUUAUCAAACAAAUAUGUAUGGAAACCCUCAUUCUAGAUCUCAUGAAUAUGGGUGGGCCACAGAAAAAGCUACUGAAGAUGCAAGAGCUUAAGUAGCUGAUCUUAUUGGCGCAGAUCCAAAGGAAAUUACUUUUACUUCAGGUGCAACUGAAUCAAAUAACUAAGCAUUAAAGGGAUUAGCCGCUUUCUAUGGAAAGAAGAAGAAACAUAUUAUUACUACUUAAAUUGAGCAUAAAUGUAUUUUAGAUACCUGUAGAAAUUUAGAAGAAUAAGGAUAUGAAAUUACUUAUCUUCCCGUUUAAAAAAAUGGUUUAGUUGAUUUAGAAGUUUUUAAAAACGCUAUUCGUCCAGAUACUCUUGUAGCUUCUAUUAUAUUAGUUCACAACGAAAUAGGUGUAAUUUAAGAUAUCAAAACAAUAGGAAAAAUAUGUAGAGACAAUAAAGUUUUCUUCCAUACAGAUGCUGCAUAAGCACUUGGAAAAAUCCCUAUUAAUGUAGAUGAAAUGAAUAUUGAUUUAAUGUCUAUGUCUAGUCAUAAAGUUUAUGGACCUAAGGGUAUCGGAGGUUUAUAUGUUAGAAGAAAACCCAAAGUUAGAAUUUUACCAAUUAUUAAUGGUGGUGGAUAAGAAAGAGGUUUAAGAAGUGGAACUCUUGCUCCUCAUUUGUGUGUUGGUUUUGGUGAGGCUUGUGAAAUUGCCAAGAGAGAAAUGGAUAACGAUAAAAAACAUAUUUAAAGGCUUUCAGAAAAAUUCUUGAAAGAAGUCUACCAACGUAUUCCAAAUAUAUAUAUAAAUGGUGAUAAGGAUCAAAGAUAUGUCGGUAACAUAAAUAUUUCCUUUGAAUUCGUUGAAGGAGAAAGUUUAAUGAUGGGUAUCAAGUAAUGUGCUGUGUCAAGUGGCUCUGCAUGUACUUCUGCUUCUCUUGAACCAUCUUAUGUCUUAAGAGCUCUCGGUGUCAACGAAGAAUUAGCUCACACUUCAUUACGUAUUGGAUUUGGUCGCUUUACUACUGAUGAGGAAGUCGAUUAUUUAAUUAACCUCUUGUCUGAAAAAGUUUCUAAAUUAAGAGAAAUGUCUCCUCUUUGGGAAAUGAUUUAGGAAGGUAUUGACAUUAAAGAAAUUUAAUGGUCCCAACCUCAUUGAAAUAAAUAAAAAUUAAAUUUAUAAUAAGUGUAUUUAUUUACUGUAUAUUAUUAUUUAUUAUUUUAAAAUAAUAAUCUCAUUU